AAUGCUUUGAUUUGAAAAACAUGAUUAAAAAAUUACUCCAUUUUGAGUAAGAGAGUUUGUGUUAAACAAAAUAAAAAAUUUCCAAAAAUAUAGGCCCAGCCCUUUAAUCCAAAUCCAAACCCAAACAAAACCCUCAUCCCCUCUCUCAAUCAGCGUCCCAAAAGGCAUCCAUGGCAGCCUCUGGUACUUCCUCUUUCAAAACCCUCUCCAAAACCCUCCUCCGCUACUUCUCCACGAAGUCAUCAAACCAUAACAACCACCAACAAACCCACAAAUUUUUGGAUCCCAACUCCUUCUUAGGCAGCUGGAAGAGCCCCAACGACCCCAAAGAAGCCGAGAAGAAACUCGCCCAGUUGCGACGAGACUAUGCCAAGCAAGUCAAACAUGUCCGCAAGGAAUACAUCCACGAGAUGGAGUUGUUGCGUCUUGAGAAGCUGAGGAAAGAAGAGGCUAGGAAAGAGGCUAUUAGAGUUGCUAAUGAGGAGCGGCAAAGGCUUAAGGCUGAGGCUGCUAAAGUUAGAGCCCAAGAGCGUAUGGUUGCUGAACAAGAGUUUCGACAGAUCCUGUUGAAAGAAAGAGCAGAAAAGCUUGAAAAUUGGAGAAUGAAACAAAAGAAACACGAGGAUAAAAAGAAAGAGGUGAAUGAGCUACUGCAUAGACAAAGUUCCAUGUGGAUUGAAGAAAAUGAUUUGGAGAGGAAGAUCCUGGAAGCCAUGGUUGAUACCACACCCCUGUGACCUUCCCAUCACUACCAAAUUUGUAAUUGAUUUUGUCCUUUAAAGAACUGAAAAAUAAGCAGGAUUUUGUCCAUUUUACUGGGAUCUAGUGACUAAUGGAAAUGUUUGUGUUCUCUUUCUUUGUUAAAACUGGCUUGUAUGCGGCUUUAUUGGUAAUUGCAUCAUUGAAGACUUAUAGUAGGAUGCUCUGGAACUAGCGUUCAAGCAUAUGUAAUUACUGUAGUACUCUAUUGGCUGAAUGCAGUUUUACUGUUCAAGUGAA